AUGGAGCAGUCUCGGGCAGGCAGAGGAACCUCAGGUCGACUGUUUCCUGUGAUCCUGUUUCUCCUGGCGUCCUGCUGUACUGCCUCUCAGCUUCCGCAGACUGCAGCCCCUAUAAAAGAUGGAAAGCCCUUCAUCGUGGUCUGGAAUGGGCCUCUUAAUCACUGCAGAGACGUCCCCUUGGAUAUGUCAGUCUUCCAAGCAGUGACUACACCAGCUCUAAAAGCAGAUCAGUUUCUUAGCCUGUUUUACAGAGCUCACAUGGGUUUGUGUCCUUAUGCAGACUACAAAACAGGGAAAGAGUACAACGGCGGGUUUCCACAGAUGGGUAACCUGAGGGCUUCCCUGGCCAAGUCCAGGGCUGAGGUGUCUGAGUAUAUCCCUGAGUCAUCACCCGGUCUGGGAGUCGUCGACUGGGAGGACUGGCGACCGCUUUAUGACAGAAACUGGGGAACCAAAAGAAUUUACCAAAAACUCUCAAUAGGUUAUGCCCAACAACACGACCCCUCUCUGACUCUAGAGCAGGCAGAGGUUGAAGCCAAGAAACAGUUUGAAAGUGCAGCCAGAAGUUUUAUGGAAGGGACGGUGAAGCUAGCCAUUAGUGAGCGACCAGAGUACCUUUGGGGUUUCUACUUGUUUCCAAACUGUUACAACUAUGGCGCAGAUGAACCAGGUUACACCGGGGAGUGUCCAGAAAUAGCACAGCAACGGAACGAUGAGCUCCUGUGGCUGUGGGAGGCCAGCACAGCUCUCUUCCCCUCAGCCUACCUGUCGACGGCCCUCAGCGGAGACCACAGCGCUGCUCUGUUUGUCCGUAACCAAGUGCAAGAGGCCCUGCGUGUGUCAGCUCUCCCUAAGCGCCCCUACACAGCACCAGUCUACCUCUACGCUCGGCCACUCUUCCGGGACCAAAAUCAGAUCUACCUCAAAGAGAUAGAUCUGGUGCGGAGCAUAGGGGAAAGUGCAGCUCUCGGAGCCUCUGGGGCCGUGAUGUGGGGGGCCAGCGCCGACUAUGAAGACCAGGCUUCGUGUGAGAAUCUCUCAGACUAUCUGCUCUCCACCCUUAACCCGUACAUCGCCAACGUCACCGCCGCCGCCCAGAUCUGCAGUGACUUCCUGUGCCAAGGAAAUGGCCGCUGUGUCCGUAGGCACUACAACACGGACACCUACCUGCAUUUGAACCCGGAGCACUUUCUCAUCCAGCGCUCCGUUGAGGGUUACAUGGUGACCGGUGUCCCCUCUGUCCAGGACUUCACAGACAUGUUCAAUGCCUUCACAUGCCAGUGCUAUGCUGGCAGGAGCUGCUCAGCCAGAGUGCCCUCUCAGUCUCCCCACACCCCGCUGGUCAUACACAUCUAA